ACACCUCACACCAAUAUGCAUCCAAAAGCAAUGGAUGGGUUCAAUAGAUCACGUUGAGAUUGGUUUGGGCCAGUCCUUAGUACUAAAAAGAGCACCCGACAACUUUCGUGAAAACGACGAGAGUGGUCUCCCAAGUUCAAUAGAUCCGGCUCACCCUCCCUGCAGCGCCUGCAAACUUGAAGGUCCCGUCCAUCUCACGACGCACGCCCGGGGGGACGGAUGCCCACGAGUCCCCUGGCGCCUAGGUGGACAGCACACUUGCUCCCGCACACCAAAUGUACCGGAUACCUCCCAGGUCCCGUCUCCCGCCGCCCUCUUUCUCAUCCGCCCCCUGUGGUUAUCCAUAAUCCGGUGUCGCCCAAUCCACUCCCCCGUACCAGGGGUCGGUUUCUAAGGAGGCCACUGACACUUGACGAGCUUGAAAAAAAAAAGAGAGGGUUCCACGGCUGAACCUCGUCUAUUCCCGAGCCGCCGGAGCGCGCUCAUGCCUGCUCACCGCCGUAGUGUCGCAAAAGUCAAAAGGUACGGCAGAAAGCGCCCCAGAUAGGGAAGAAGCAAAAAAAAAAAAGUUUCUCAGUCGCGGUACAACAGAGCGUGGCGUACAUACCUUACACACCCUUCCCACCCCCCGGGCGCCGACACGGGUAGCAACAGCACCACCGCCGACCAC